CGUGAAUGAGGUGUCCUUGGAUAGCCUUUGAAGUCUAGUUUCAUAUUUGAGUGGUCUCUGUGCAAGAGGGGAGAGUUUAUCACACAAAAAUCGAUCUGGAGUGAACUGCUGUCUGUAAACUCGAGCAGUGAGAGUGCUGAGGCUGUUUGGUUGAUAUCUCGAGUUAUACCAAUCCAAUUAAGGCGUGUAAGAUACCAAAAGAAAUCUCUCAAGACGAGGAAUCCGUGAAGGUCUGGUUUGCAUCAAUCGGAGUAGUGGAAGACUUCCAAAUCGUCCGAGCAAAACACAACUUUGCAGAAACGGAUCUACUCUUCUAAAAUGAUGGACAAGGCAAGCAAUAAUGCUCAAUCCGCAAAGAAAAUCCUUCAAGAUGCUGGACAAGAAAUGCAGGCAAAGGCACAAUGAGCAGCUAAUGCUAAGAAUGCCGUGACCAAGUUAUUUGAAGAUGCUGCACAAUCUUCACCUCAUAUUGAUUGGCCUUUGGGCUAAUUAUAUUGUUUUUCUUAGUUUUUUCUCCAACACUUUACUUUGCUUCUUUUUGUGUGUGAAAUUGACAAAGAUGAGAAUGUACGUGUCAAAUAUAAAAAGAGCGCUCAGGUCAAAAGUGGACAACCUCUAGCUAUGCAUCUUGCAUCUUUUACGGGAUUCAAUUGAACAAUGGCUCAAGCUCCUUUUGGUUCUCCAAUUGGAACGACAUUGGACCCAUUUACCAUCACCUGGAGGACAUCCCUCCUGAUAUUAUUAACCUUACUAUUACUGAGGCUUUUCAUUCUGGCCGGUUGAUACCUGAGAUCACAAACUGUCUGCCCAGACACGUUACUAACAAAAUUCACGAGACACCUAUCCAUUUUAAUGAUUCCGAGGAUAAGUGUGUUUGGCAACCAAGCCCUAAAGGCAAUUUCACUUUUAGUAGUGCCUAUGAUGCUAAUAGGCCAAAGAGGCAUCCAAAUCCCACUGCCAAAUAUAUUUGGAAUGCUCGCACACCAAAAAAAUAUCCUUUUUCUUAUGGAGAAUUCAAAACAAUCUCAUUCCUUUUGGGGAAAACCUGACUCACAUGGGCUUUUUAGGCCCUUUCAAAUGCCCGUUUUGUCAAAAUCAUGACACCAAAGACCAUUUUUUCCUUAAGUGCGAUUUUAACAAAGAAAUAUGGAGCUACUUUGAAAAUAUUUUUAAGUUCCACCCCCCUCAUGAUGGUAGCCUCAAUACCUAUAUGGUGCGUUGGUAUAAGGACUUUAAAGGUCCCUCCCAGGAACUUAAUUUCAUUCUUCCAAAUAUCAUUAUUUGGCAUCUUUGGAAAAUCCGCAAUACUUUUCUUUAUGAUGAAAAAAAAGGUCAUAUUCCUGAGGCUAUCAAAGCUAUUAAAAAUGAUCUUUUUGCCUUAUCGGUUGCCAAACCUUUUAUCACAAACACCUCACAUCCUCAAAUCAAUUCAAUCUUCUCACUAUAAGGCCCAAAAAAAUCCACACCAUACCUAUUGCUGCCCAUUGGAUAAAACCCCCCAAGGAGUACUUCAAAAUAAAUAUGGCUUCUUGCGAUCUUAAUCCCAAUCUCAUCCGCACGGUUGCUCUCAUUCGCAAUGCCAUCGGAAGCUACACUGGUCAUAUCUCCCAGCUUGAUAAGCAUAAUGACCAUUCUCUUGCUAUUUAUGAUGUUAUUAUUAACCUUUUUACUCAUCUUAAUUUUGAUAAUAUUAUUAUUGAGGUUGAUAACAGAGACAUUUAUGAAGGCAUCAUUGGUCAUUCCAUUCAACACUGGAAAUAUUGGUCCCGCAUAUGCAUUGUCAAGAAAAAGCUAAAGGAAUUCAAUUGGACAAUCAUGCACAUCAAUCGUGAAGUCAACAAAGCAGCCGGUUACUUAGCUUACCGCUACACUUCCAUUAAAACCAAAAAUCAUCAUUUCAACCAAUUUGUUGGUAUCCUAAAGUUUGACGCUAUUAGUUAUCCUUAUGUUGUUUAAUCUAUGAGUAGGCAUUGGUUUGGUCCUCCUACUCCAUGUAUAUUUCUUUGGUUAAUAAAUAGGUGGGGUGUUACCUGGCC